AUGAUGGACGACUUCGACGCCACGUUCUCCACCUCCACUUCGACCCCAUGUCUGGGUGUGCGCAUUACGCGGACAGAGGAGCAGAUGUCGAUCAUGAUGCAGCGCUUCACCGCCUACGUCAUCGAGAUCGACGAUUUCGGCCGCGUGUGCGAGGUAUCCCACCGCUACAGCGAUUUUGAGACGCUGCACAAGGCGCUGAUGAUGGAGUGUCCGGCUGUGCAGCUGCCGCCGAUGCCUCCUAAGGGCGCCGACGGCACGGAUGCCGCGGUGAUCGCUGCCCGGAAGGUGGAUUUGGAGAAAGUGCUGAAGAGCAUGAUUACGAACUCCGAGGCACUCAUGGAGAAGAGCUUGCUUUUGUGGAAGUUCCUGGAGCUGGGGAAUCCCACCGUGAUCGCCUCACGCUUCGUGAUGGUGCCCAGGGCAAGGCCGACGGUCUUCAAGACGUUGUCGAAGCUGACGGACGAGAAGUACAAAGCUGACGUGUACCGACUCGGUCAUCCCUCGGUGACCGAUCUGUUGCUUGAGGGCCUACGGGAACUGCGGCGCGGAGAAGGCAGCCACUGGGCGGCCCAAUCCGGAGGCAGGCUGCCUCUGUGUCAGCUGGUGGCUGGCGCUCUUGGCACCAGCCAGGCGGCGAGAGAUCGCCUGGUGGACGGCGGCGUGAUUGGCUUGCUUCUGGGCGUCGUUCAGAACGAGGAAAAUGCGCUCGACGAUGUGCGCCCGGCCUUGAACGUGGUCGUUGCCCGCGAGGGCGAGCGCUUGCCCGCUCUGGUGGCCCAGUUCCUGAACCGUGGUGGCCUAGUGCAACUCCUGGACCUGGUGCAGAGAGCGAGAUGCCAGGAGUUUGUGGCCAAGUUGCUGUGGCUCGCCUGGGAUGCCGCCACGAGGUCCGCCUUCGCGCAGCCCGGGUCCGUGGGCCUCAAAGUGCUCCAGACGCUGCUGCGAUCUUCCACCCCGAGCUGCUCACUGCUGGGUGCCGUGCUCUUGGCCGGCAUGGUGGCGGGCGGAGACUUCCACGACACCCACCGCUCGGAGGCCCUGAAGAUGGUCCACGGCACCUUGGACCGGCCCGAGGCAGCCAAGGACCCGCAGUUCGGCAAGGCGCUGCUGGGGGGGGCCUCCUCUCUGGCGCGCCUCGCCGCGAUGCUGGAGGACGUAGACUUGGCACCAUUGGUGCUGGGCUUGCUUUGCGCUGCCAAGCCGCCGGGAGCCAAGCUGGGCCAGAUCAGUGGAAACCUGGCAGCCCUGAUCUCCAACAAAGGUGUACCCCACAGCGAGCAGACCCGGGCCCGCGCUGCGGAGUUGCUGCUGCACAUCCAGGGCGGCGAGGGUGAGGUUUCCCGAAGUGACGGGCGUGAGGUGACAUCCUCGGCCCAGGUUCCCAAGAGUUCCAUCAACGACCUGCUGGAACGUUGCGAAGGCAUUGCCGCGCACGAGGAGUCCAUGGAAGCGGCGCUUCGGUCUCAGCUGGAGGAGGGCAUUGCCAAGGGCUUGCAGGCCCUGGAGCCGCACGCGGAGAACGUGGCGCAGGCCAAGGACGUGGCGAGGCAAAGGCUGCAGGACCAGCGGACGUCGAGCGGUAAUUAG